GCCACAACGAAAAAAUAACGGAAAUCAAAGAAUACAUCUCAUUCUCUUUCCUUCAUGAAGACGCUGCCUCGACUUUCCUCCUUUUGAUAUUAGAGACACUCUCUCUACCCUCCUUCCCUUUCUGUCUCAUUUCGAUCCGUUUUCAAGGAACCAUAACUCGGAUCCAGAAUCGUUCCACCAGCCCGAUUCACCAACUCAUGGCGCGGACAUUCACUCACCUCAUCCUAAUCCUACACAUUGCAAUACUCGUUCCUUCCUCUAUCGCAGCCGACACCUCCUUCCUCCGUAACCGUCACCAUGGCUCUCGUCCUACCAUGGUUCUUCCUCUAUAUCUCACAGCUCCAAAUUCUUCCACGUCAGCACUCGAUCCUCGUCGCCAGCUUCACGGAUCGGAGUCCAAACGCCAUCCUAACGCUCGCAUGAGACUCCACGAUGAUCUCCUCCUCAACGGGUAUUAUACAACGCGGCUUUGGAUCGGAACUCCUCCACAGAUGUUUGCUCUUAUUGUUGAUACGGGGAGUACUGUUACGUAUGUUCCGUGUUCCACUUGUGAACAGUGUGGCAGGCACCAGGAUCCAAAGUUUCAGCCAGACUUGUCAAGCACCUAUCAACCCGUCAAAUGCACAUUGGAUUGCAACUGUGACAAUGACAGGAUGCAAUGUGUGUAUGAGAGACAGUAUGCUGAAAUGAGUACUAGCAGUGGUGUCCUUGGUGAGGAUGUCAUAUCCUUCGGAAAUCAGAGCGAGCUUGCUCCACAACGUGCUGUUUUUGGCUGCGAAAAUGUUGAGACUGGCGAUCUUUAUAGUCAGCAUGCUGAUGGCAUUAUGGGUUUGGGGCGAGGAGAUCUUAGUAUCAUGGAUCAACUGGUUGACAAAAAUGUAGUCAGUGACUCAUUCUCACUUUGCUAUGGUGGUAUGGAUGUUGGCGGGGGCGCAAUGGUUCUUGGUGGCAUAUCUCCCCCUUCAGACAUGGUCUUUGCACAUUCUGAUCCUGUGCGCAGUCCCUAUUACAAUAUUGAUUUGAAGGAGAUACAUGUUGCGGGGAAGCGACUGCUUCUAAACCCAAGUGUUUUUGAUGGAAAACAUGGAACAGUCUUGGAUAGCGGUACAACUUAUGCAUACCUACCGGAAGAAGCAUUUCUUGCAUUUAAAGAAGCAAUUGUGAAGGAACUUCAAUCUUUCAAUCAAAUCAGUGGUCCAGAUCCAAAUUAUAAUGAUUUAUGUUUUUCCGGUGCUGGAAUUGAUGUCUCACAACUCUCUAAAAGCUUUCCAGUGGUUGACAUGGUAUUUGGAAAUGGUCACAAGUACUCGCUGUCACCUGAAAAUUACAUGUUCCGGCAUUCUAAAGUAAGAGGUGCAUAUUGUCUGGGAAUUUUUCAAAAUGGGAAGGACCCAACUACUCUUUUAGGAGGUAUCAUCGUCAGAAACACUCUUGUUAUGUAUGACCGUGAGCAAACAAAAAUUGGUUUUUGGAAAACCAACUGUGCUGAGUUAUGGGAAAGACUACAGAUAUCCAUUGCCCCACCAAAUACAGAAGUAAAAAAUUCAACCAAAUCAUUAGAGCCUUCAGUUGCUCCAUCUAUGCCGCAACAUAACGUACCACCAGGUGAAUUCCGAAUUGCACAAAUAACAAUUGUAAUUUCAUUUAACAUCAGCUACGAGGACAUGAAGCCUCACCUUACAGAAUUGGCUGGACUCAUAGCUCAUGAGUUAGAUAUUAAUACUUCCCAGGUCCACUUACUGAAUUUUACCUCUGCUGGAAAUGUUUCCCUCGCUAGAUGGGCCAUAACCUCAAGGCCAUAUGCUGAUAACUUUUCUAAUGCAACUGCAAUGAGUAUAAUUGACCGGCUUGCUGAACACCACAUGCAACUUCCUGAUACCUUCAAAAGCUAUAAGUUGGUUGAAUGGAAUCUUGAGCCUCCAUCAAAAUCGAAUUGGUGGCAGCGAUAUUACAUGGUUGUGGGCUUGGCUUUUGUGCUUACAUUGCUUCUAGGAUUAUCAAUAGUAGGAAUGUUUUUAAUUUGGAAAAAAAGACAGCAAAGUGUGCAUUCAUACAAGCCGGUAGAUGCAGCUGUUCCUGAGCAAGAACUUCAGCCAUUAUGAACUAAGUUUAUACUAAAACUGCUUACUAUCAUGCUUCGUUAGUCUCAGUAGCAUGUUCACUUGCUAUCAAGAGCAUUUUAUGCAAACCAUAGUCACUGAGCUGGUCAAGUUUUUUGUUUGAAAGAAAUCUGACUGUCCACAAUAUCCAGUGAUCAUUGAAUCAUGACAGAAGUACAUAAAGAAUUCUCUAGAUAUUAUAUCAUCUAUAAAGGAAUUUUUUUUGUGAAUAUUGUAAUAUACAGGUGAACCAAAGGAUGGCAUCAUAAGAUUGAAAUACAAUUUCAUAUUGUAAUUUUUACAUUUCAUUUUACCUGUUGCUGCUUACUGAGAGCAAUGUUCA